ACGUUGUCUCCUCCCCUUUCGGCGCCAUCUUCUGACGUCCGUGCGGCGUUGUUUGGCGGAGGGGCCUUCAUGGCUAUCUGUCAGUUCUUCCUGCAGGGCCGCUGCCGCUUCGGGGAGAGGUGCUGGAAUGAGCAUCCUCGCGGCGGCGCACGAUACGGAUCCUCUGCGACCUCCUACCAAGGUACAAGCAGAGGAGGAGGAGGAGGAUGGGGUAGCGCUAACCAGAGACACACUAAUGUUAUCCAGCCAUCUACCUUUAAGUCUAAUGUGUGGGGUGGCAGCAGAGAUUAUGGAAGAGGAAUUUCUGCCUCCUCUGGCUUUGGAUCAUCGGGGAGCAGCAGCGGAAAUGCGGACUUUUCACAGAACAGAUACUCUGUAUUAGUGAACAGUCAAAACGUUGCUGAUGGCUACAAGGAUGAAGAGGAGAGACUUCUUGAAAGUGUAGUGAAAGAUAUGGAAACUUGGGAAUCUUCAGGACAAUGGAUAUUUUCAUCAUAUUCACCAGUGAAAGAAAAGCUGAAUGUCUCAGGCUUUCGAGAUAUCUCACCAGAAGAGUUGCAUCUGGAGUAUUAUAACUGCAGAGCAAACAAUGACAUUCAGAACUAUAUAAAUUCUGUCCAACAGUUAGCAGACCAAUGGAAAACUCGGCUGCUUCAGUUGAAAGUUUUAAAUGCAUCAACAAAAGCAGCCUUGGCAAUAGGAACAUGACUGAAUAUUCUAGCACUGCCUGAGCCAGUGAACAUGAAAGUCUGUGAAUCCAGUUUUGAGUCUUAACUCCACCUUUCUCUGGAGUUAUGAAAUUGGUGAAUUUCAGGCAAGUAUUGUAUAAGCCAUUAGUUAAGUAGGGAAAACGGUGAGUCAGGAGGGUUCCAUGUUAGCAAGGCAGCAGCUGCAUCUCCAGGUUUGAAAUACUAUCAUUGCAAGCCACAUGAAAGCAGCCAUAGCUUAAGGUUGGGAUCUGAUCAUGUAGAUGUACAGUAAGAGGCUCAUAUCUACCCCACCAUUUUUUCCAUGUGCUGAUUUUGACUAUUCUAAGGUAUAAUCAGCAGACCAGACCAGAAUUGUCCUCCAGGCCAUCUUAGGAGAAAUAGGGCAUUUUGGUAAUGCCAGAAUGAGAAAUUGAUAGGAGGUGGGAAAGAAACUAUAUAAAAUUUGGAGAUACAAAGAGUCAUUGGUCCUGAGAAGGUGAUACACUUGCAUGAAUCUAGAUGUGUCAGAAGAGAAUACUGGGGUUAAAGGCAGUAUUAAAUAGCCAGGGGGACAGAAUAGGUUGAUUUAAGUGGAAUAUGCAGGAUAUGCCUGAAGUUUCUGUAGUAUGAUCACACUGCCUUGAUAUUUUCAAUGCUGAAGGUGAAAGAAGCAAGGUGAGAGAACAGAGUAAGUCGAAACAAUGACAUAGGGUCAUAAAGCACUUUGCUGAAAUAGGUAAAAGAUGGGAACAAGAACUCAAAAGAAGUGUUUGAGUCACUGUCUGACAGAAAAAAAAAAAGCCUAUAAACUGUAAUAUAUUUGUGUUUCUGGAGUGGUUUAGAGAGAAUACUGUAUAGGCGCAGAGCAUUUUGUUGAUCGCUGCAAGAGCAUGUGAUUAUGAUGGAAGUCUUCAGUGUCUUAACAGUCUAAGUUGUAUUAAGUUGGACUAGGCAACUAUAUUUUUGCUUCAAGUAUUCAUUAAAAGACAUUUCCCUGUUUUGGAAUCUUAUUUUCAUUUAUGUAUUUGUAAUUU